AUGAAGCUCCAGGCUGACUAUAGUUUUCUCCUGUCUGGGCUGUUGCUGGCCCCUUCUGUGGGUGCCAGCACUUGCCAGACUCCCAUCGACCAUCCGGGACCGGCUUUCAGCUUCGUCCAGCCCCUCAACACCACCAUCCUCAGUCCCUAUGGUCAUUCUCCGGCCGUGUAUCCGUCGCCCAAAACAAAUGGCACGGGCGGCUGGGAAAAGGCCUUGGCCCAGGCCAAGGACUGGCUCUCGCAGCUCACGGUCGAAGAGAAGGCCUGGAUGGCCACCGGUCAGCCCGGUCCCUGCGUCGGAAACAUUCUUCCCAUUCCACGUCUCAACUUCACUGGCCUUUGUCUUCAGAAUGGCCCUCAGUGUCUGCAGCAGGGUGACUACUCGAGCGUAUUUGUCAGCGGUGUGUCUGCAGCGGCCAGCUGGGAUCGUAAGCUGCUCUACGAUCGAGGUUAUGCCAUGGCCACAGAGCACAAGGGCAAAGGCACUCACGUUGUCCUCGGGCCCAUUGCCGGUCCGCUUGGCCGCAGUCCCUACGACGGGCGCACUUGGGAGGGCUUCGCUGCUGAUCCCUAUCUGACUGGCGUCUGCAUGGAGGAGACGAUCAUUGGAAUGCAAGACGCCGGUGUCCAAGCCAAUGCAAAGCACUUUAUCGCGAACGAGCAAGAGACCCAGCGGAACCCCACCUACGCGGCCGACGCAAACGCAACGACCUACAUUCAAGAUUCGGUCUCCUCGAAUGUAAAUGACCGCACCCUCCACGAGAUUUACAUGUGGCCGUUUGCCAACGCGGCCCGCGCUCGCGUCUCGAGCUUCAUGUGCUCCUACAACCGUCUCAAUGGCUCGCACUCGUGCCAGAACUCCUACCUCCUCAACCAUCUCCUCAAGACCGAGCUCGGUUUCCAAGGCUACGUCAUGUCUGACUGGGGUGCCACUCACAGCGGCGUCGCCUCGAUUGAGAGUGGCAUGGAUAUGACCAUGCCGGGUGGUUUCACCCUCUACGGAGAGCUCUGGACCGAGGGGUCUUACUUCGGCCAGAAUCUCACGGACGCCAUCAACAAUGGCACGGUAUCGACUGACCGCAUUGACGAUAUGAUCGUGCGUAUCAUGACCCCCUACUUUUGGCUGGGCCAGGACCAGGACUACCCUAGCGUGGACGCGUCCGUUGGUGCGUUGAACACGGACUCGCCGCCAGAUACCUGGUUAUACCCUUGGCAGUUCACCGGUACCAGCAACCGCGACGUCCGCAGCAACCACAGCCAGAUGAUCCGCGAGCACGGCGCCGCCUCGACGGUCUUGCUGAAGAACGAGCGCAAUGCCCUGCCCCUGCGCAAGCCCCGCAAUAUUGUGAUCGUGGGUAACGACGCCGGUCCUGUCACCCAGGGUGCCUACAACCAGAACAACUUUGAAUACGGCACUCUCGCCAACGCCGGCGGCUCCGGAACGUGCCGGUUUAGCUUUUUGUCCACCCCGCUGGAUGCUAUCACCGCCCGAGCUCGUCAGGAUGGUGCUCUCGUGCAGACCUGGCUCAACAACACCCUCAUCACGGAGAAAGCUAUGCCCGACCUCUGGAAUCCUGAGCAUCCUGAUGUCUGUCUCGUCUUCCUCAAGGGGUGGUCUGAAGAGAACAUCGACCGCCGGUUCCUGGAGCUUGACUGGAACGGCAACGCAGUCGUUGAAGCUGUCGCCAAGUACUGCAGCAACACCGUGGUGGUGACUCACUCGGCCGGUGUCAACGUUCUCCCGUUCGCAGACCACCCCAACGUUACCGCCAUUCUUGCCGCCCAUUACCCAGGUGAAGAGGCCGGCAACUCCCUUGUGGACAUCCUUUACGGCGACGUUAACCCGUCCGCGAAGCUCCCUUACGUGAUCGCCUACAACGAGUCGGACUACAAUGCCCCGCUGACGACCGACGUGCAGACCAACGGCACCUACGACUGGCAGAGCUGGUUCGACGAGGAGCUCGAAGUCGGAUACCGCUACUUUGAUGCUCAUGACAUUCCCGUGCGCUACGAGUUCGGCUUCGGUCUCAGCUACACCACCUUCAACCUGAGCAGACUAGCGGCCACCGGUUCCGUGGCUACGAACCUGACGGCCCUUCCAGAGCAGCGUCCCGUUCAGCCGGGUGGCAACCCUGCCCUCUGGGAGACGGUCUACACGCUUACCACGGAGGUGAGCAACAGCGGCAGUGUGGAUGGAUAUGCCAUCCCACAGCUGUAUGUCGGAUUCCCCGACACCGCGCCGGCGGGAACUCCUCCCAGCCAGCUGCGCGGCUUCGACAAGAUCUGGCUUGAGGCGGGUGAGACGAAGACGGUGACCUUUGAGUUGAUGCGUCGGGACGUCAGUUACUGGGAUGUGGUGGCGCAGGAUUGGCGCAUUCCGGCUGGGCAGUUUACUUUCAAGGCCGGGUUCAGCAGUCGGGACUUCCGGGCCAACACGACGGCAACAUUUGUGAGGGAUCACUAG